UUGUUGCGAGCAACAGUGAGCGCACUACACACGUUGCCAUGGAAAUAAUCUGGCUUACGUGAUAUACCACGGUCAGCACCUUGAACAUUAUUGAAAUCUUAAGGAAAAUACACUGCAAAUUGACUAUGAAGCUUCUCGAUUACAGGAGAUUAAUUGAGCCAAACUGAGCUCUUUUGAAGUUUGAGUCUCAUGUUAAUCUCCUGCAAAAACGUUUCAACCUGAUUGCAAUGACAACGAGACAGUGAUCAAAACAAGAAAUAUAACCUAGAAAAAUUUUGGCGGUUGUCACACUAGUCGAUUGUUUGUCUUUCCAUUAAAAAACGUGAAAGCAACAUGAGUAUGUUAUGGGUGGACAAAUACCGACCCAAAGAGCUGUCCGCUCUGGACUAUCACAUCCAACAAGCUGAAGAGCUGAAGAAUCUAGUUGAGCACAGUGACUUUCCACAUCUCUUGGUAUAUGGCCCCAGUGGGGCCGGGAAGAAGACCCGCAUUAUGUGCAUCCUGAAGGAGCUGUUCGGGCCUGGAGUGGAGCGUUUGAAGAUGGAACCGAUUACAGUGACAACUCCCUCAAACAAGAAAGUUGAAAUUAUGACUGUGAACAGCAAUUAUCACAUUGAGAUCAAUCCGUCCGAUGUGGGGAUCUACGAUCGGGUGGUGGUGAUGGAUUUGAUUAAAAACAUCGCGCAAACCCAGCAGAUUGGGAUGACCGGAAACCAGCGGGACUUUAAGGUGGUGCUGCUAACUGAAGUGGAUAAUCUGACCAAAGACGCUCAGCAUGCCCUGAGACGGACGAUGGAAAAGUAUUCGGCCAAUUGCAGGCUUAUUCUAUGUGCCACGUCCUUAUCUCCGGUUAUUCCCGCUAUUCAAUCGCGAUGUCUUCCCAUAAGAGUGGCGGCUCCAAGUGUGUCUGAAAUAGCCACUAUUUUACAGAGCACCUGCGAAAAAGAAGACUUGGAACUGCGGCCUGAGUUAGCUGAGCAAAUAGCGACCGCAGUGAAUGGCAACUUGAGGAGAGCGUUGCUCAUUUGCGAGGUAUACAAGAUGGAGCAUGGGGACCUCUCUGAGCAAGUCGGCGAGCCUCUCCCUAUCCCUGAACCAGACUGGAAGGUCUUUGUUGUACAAACCGCCAGCUUGAUCACCAGUGAGCAGAGCAUAGAAAAUCUGAUGGCGGUUCGUGAGCGUUUGUAUGAACUUCUAUCCAAUGGCAUUCCUCCAGAAAUUGUUCUCAAAGAACUGUUGACUGCCCUCCUGAUGAAGUGCGAUAAACACAUCAUCCCGCAGGUUUUAAGAGAAGCUGCCUUGUAUGAGUACAGGAUGACCCAAGGAAACAAACACAUAGUGCAUCUCGAAGCCUUCGUCACCAAGUUUAUGUGCCUUUAUCAGCGACACCUCAAAAGCCUAAUGCAAGGAUUUUAAAAAUUCUCCAUUAUUUAAGUCUGAAAUUAUUAAAGAACCUCACUACCACACAGCGUUGCCAACCCUAGUGGGCCUCUGACAAUUCAGCUGUUUGUGUUUGUGAAACUCCCGCUUGCAGGUUAGAAAUAUAUUUACCAAAGCAG